AUGAAGCCUUUGUACGGUGCUACUCAAAUGGCAUGUGGCGUUAAAUAUCCAACACUGUCGAUGGUUAAACCAUUGUUAUAUGCUAGCAGAAAACAACAUUCUGACUUUUGGAGUUUCAUAAAGAAACCAGCGGUUGAUAUUCGAGAAAAAAAUUUGGACGAUUUGCAGAAAGACAUUUUGCAGGAAAUGUCACAUUAUGUUAACUUUGAGCUUAUAAAUCCUCAUAGAGAUCCUCUUUUGUGGUGGCGAGAAGAGAAAAAUAAAUACCCUCGAUCGUCAACGAUGGCAAGAAGAUAUUUGGCUAUACCCUGCACUUCUGCUGAGAGUGAGAGACUAUUUUCAAUAGCUGGAGAUAUCGUCACGGACAAACAAGUGAUAAAAAGUGUUCCGAUACUGAAUAAAGAACAGAAAGAAGCAUAUGAAUCUAUAUUGAAUAGUAUCGUUUCUGAUUCUGGACGAUUGUUCUUCCUUGAUGCUCCUGGUGGAACGGGAAAAACAUUCUUGAUUAAUUUGUUGCUUGCGAAAAUUAGAAGUGAAAAAAGUAUUGCUAUUGCUGUUGCUUCUUCAGGAAUUGCGGAUACUUUAAUUGACGGAGGCAAAACAGCUCACUCGACAUUUAAAUUACCUCUUGAAAUGAAUCAUUCUGAUAAUAUUCUAUGCAAUAUUUCUAAGCAGAGUUAUAUGGCUCACGUUAUCAGAGAAGCAAAACUGAUAGUAUGGGAUGAAUGCACUAUGGUUCACAAAAAUGCUAUUUAA